AUGCCCUUGUCCACGGAAGAGGAGGACACCUCGGAUGCCGAGGUCAACCUUCCGGGUGACGACGAGGCGGCAACAGGCGUUGAUUCUCCGCCGGUAUAUCAAGGGGUUGGCAAACAGGACGCGCCAGUGAUGCUGCGUGAGGUGAGGUCCACACCGGGGUUGUUAGUGGACCCGUCCCUCGCGGGGGCGGAGCGGAGGUCACCCACGCCAGUGGCGGGACGAAGGUCGCCCACGCCGGCGGCGGGCGAAAGAUCGUCUACGCCCGUGACAGAGCGGAGGUCGCCCCUGCCGGCGAUGGGUGAGGGGAUCCCCGCGCCCGCGAUGUCGACGAGCGGCGAUGGGUCUGCGGCUAGCGCGGAGAUGCCUGCGCAGACGGCCUCGAGGCUCCAGGCCGAUCCGACGACGACACCUUCGGAUCAGUCGUCGAGGGGCAUCAGUGUGCCGCGGGCCCGAAGGAGUGGCAUGGGCAAACGCAGUAUGAGCGUCCGGUCCGUGUAA